AUGGCGUGCGUCGCGUCCCUCUGCGCAAGCGUCGCAUUUGCCUGCCGCUGGGUCAUGGGCGGUCUCUGCCCCGCGCCUCUCGACCUCGGCGCCGACCGAACAGACGACGAGUGGCACGCAGCUCGGAAGCGGUCGCUCCUCACCCUUCGCGGCUACGAUCGCAUUUCGCUGGCCGCGAACGGCGAAGCCAUUACCCACCACCACGACAUCCUCACGCUCGAGCGCACGCUUGUGCCCAUGGUCGAUAAGGCGACCAACACGGGCUCGACGAGCUCCAAUGCCCGUGGUAGUACCAACUCGACCAAGGGCCGGAUGCCCAACCUCCAUACGUCCGAGCGCGGCCAGCGGUACCAAGCGCGCUUCCAGGCCAAAGUUGAGGCGCUUCAAGCCUUGGCGGCGCGGCAGCGAGUCUUUAAAGCCAAGCCGCUCCCGAAACAGUACAUGUACACGGCCGUGCCGACGGCGUCGCUCGAGCAGGAGCGGCGCGCGAUUGCGUCCGAGCGCCGACAGCUCUCUCUCGACAUGCUCGCGCUGCUCCACACGCUGGCAACGCGUCAAAACGACCGCCACCUUGUCUACGUCCCGCUCGAACGGAGUUGAUACUGUGAUAGUUCGAUACAUUAUUGAAAGAUGAUUGCAUUGCUACUCAA